AUGAGCGCCAUUAAAACCUAUUUCAAAGAAGAAUGUCGGUUGCUCAUGUUAAGUUUAGAACACCCUAAAAGUACAGAUUUUUAUAUAAGUGUUUGGCAAUCCACUCGGUCUCCUUUACCACUCUUGAUAUGGCGGACACUGCUGUUUCUAGCAUCAUUGGGUAUAGUCAUAACUUCAAUUACUUUCUACAUAGUUAACCCCAUAUCUGUCGGCUAUUGGUUCAUAUAUCUGACUCAUUGGGGCCUCACGAUGAUGGUUUUUGCCACCGGAUUUGGAGCAGCAAUCUCUGCACGCUGUUACUUCUCUGGACCAAUAAGCGCUGAAUUUUGUUUGCCCUGGUAUGUGAAGACAUUUUGGGUUCUACAUAAUGUAUCCGUUCCUUUGGCUUUCCUCAUCACAAUAUUUUACUGGACGAUACUUUACAGCGAGGACUUCCUGGAGGAGCUAAACGCUGCUUUGGAUAUUGCAAUCCACGGAGUCAAUUCGAUUAUAAUGUUCCUGCUUCUUAUAACUUCUUCUCACCCCAUCCGUUUCUUACAUUUGUUACAUCCGUUUGCAUUCGCGUUCACCUACGUGUUAUUCAGCAUCAUCUAUUAUCUUGCCGGCGGCACUAAUCCAUUGGGUGACCCUUAUAUAUAUCCCGUAGUACAUUGGGGUGAAGCAGGAACAGCCAUUGUUGUUGUGGUAGUAACGGGGCUGAUGCUUAUUUGUCUGCACUUCGUCGCUAUUGGGUUGGGUGCGGCGCGGAACGCUAUUGCAGAUCGUCUCAUCAGGCCCUCGGUCACAGUUCACGUGGAUGAAAACAUCGCACUCCGAAAUCCUAACCCACAAAAUACAGCAGUUUGA